AUGUACAAACCCGCCGUCAAUCUACGUGAAGCCCUGGAGAAGGUUCGCAGAAGAGAGCGAAUGUCGCAAACAAAGCAACAAGAGGAGUCGGCGACUUACGCGGCGGUACAAAGAAACCCGUGGAACCCAACACGUCUCAUCCAAUCGAGAGUACUAGUUCCCGGUCGUGGUGUCCCUAUUGUGCACGGCUCAGUCGACGGGCUCAACACUACGGACACAACCCUCCAAUGUACCCGCGUGAUCAGAAAGGCUGAUGAUCAAGCCAAUAACCCGUAUAUCGUCCGCAUCUACAGUUCACAAAAAGGAGAGAGGCGAAAGCCGACUGGUCUCGAAAUGAAAGAAGCUUCCGAAGCAGAAAAGACACUGUUGGGCCUAUGGAACGACUUAAAGGCACCCCUUGAACCCAUGACUGCUAUGCAUCCGGGUCUGCGGGUCGGGAUUGAUAGCAUGGGCCCUCUACCGAUGACCCGUGAGGGGAACCGAUAUAUUCUGGUCACGAUCGACUACUCCACGAAAUGGGCUGAAGCUGUCGCCAUUCGGUUCCAGGACGCGUCAACGGUCGCGAAGGCGUUUGUCCAUGAAUGUGUGAGUCGAUUUGGUGCCCCGCAAAUCCUCCAAUCCGACCAAGGCGCGGCGUUCGAAAGCCAGCUGCUGCUGGAAGUGUCUCAUUUGUUUGGUGUAAAAAGAACCCGAACGACCCCGUAUCAUCCUCCAGGUAACGGGCCAGCGGAAAGCACCAAUCGGACCAUAAAAGGCAUCCUUCAAGGUUUCUGUGAAACCCUUGAUUUAGAUCGCUGGGACGAAACACUCCCGCUGUGCAUCCUUGCCUAUUGUGCUUCAUACCAUGGCACCACUUGGUAA